UUAUGGCAGAUACUGCAAAGGUAAGAAAAUAUCACUUGAAGAAUGCCCGGAGAAUUUAUUUUUCGGUCUAAUAUGAACUAGUGGCUAGUGAGCAAGCCUACUCUUGUCAAUAGAAAAAAGACUGUCCAAAAUGUCGUGGUAAAUUGUUUUGUAGUAGCUAAUAAUGAGUAUUGAAAAAAAUUGUCAAAAAUGGCCAUAUCUACUCAAACAUCUAACAGCUUAUUAUUAAAUUUGGAUAUCCCCUAUUCAAAAGAGGUACAGCAGUACAAAGAGGAUGUUAAGAAACAAGCAGAGACAUUGGUUCUAAAAGGAUUUCCUGAGACCAUAGUGAAAUUGAACAACAUUCUAGAAACUCCCCAAUUUAAAAACAGGAAUUUUGUAGAUGUACAUCAAGAUUUGAAUAUACCUGUACCAGAUCCUAUCAUUUAUAAUAGCCACACAGAUUUACCAGUUGCUAAAAAACCUAAACUUGACCAAGAUGGUACUAAAGUUAUGAUAUUACCCACUGGAUCUGUUCCUACAAAUAAAAACUUAGUUGAUUUGAUAGAUAAUGUUAAGCCUCAUAUAAGAAAGUUGGUGGAAGAUUCUAACUUGAUUAAGAUGUGGAUUUCAUUCAUGAUUCCAAAAAUCGAAGAUGGUAAUAAUUUUGGUGUUUCUAUUCAAGAAGACACGUUGGCAGAAGUGCAGUCCGUUGAAUCAGAAGCAGCUGCAUUUUUUGAUCAAAUUUCACGGUACUAUAUCUCUAGAGGAAAACUGAUAUCAAAAGUAGCAAAAUAUCCUCACAUAGAAGAUUACCGAAGAUCAGUACAAGAAUUAGAUGAAAAAGAGUACCUGAGUCUAUGGCUUGUGAUGUCUGAAAUAAGAAACCGUUAUUGUGCAUUACAUGAUAUUGUUCUUAAAAACCUGGAUAAAAUCAAAAAGCCUAGACCUCAAAAUGCAUCCGAGUCGUUGUAUUAGAAUUAAAUUGUACCGUGUACAGGGUGGAUCAAUGAUUUUGAGAAAAUUUUAUCUUGAAAAUACAAUUAAAUAUAAACUUAAGAUUCUAAAUUCUAACAUCAGUUUAAUGAGAAAAAUUAAAAAAUGCUCUCAUUGGAUAUUAAAUUUUAUGUUAACAUAAAUGUUUGAGUGCUUGAAAAUUAGCUUUUUGACAUUUAUCUUAUUACUUCUAUUUUUGACAUUAAAGGCUGCACAUCUCUUUGACUCAUCCUGUACAUGAUUUUGAAAUAAAUUUAAUAUUAGUUUGCAUCCGAAUAUGAUUGCAAGUUUUAUAAAAAUAAAUAUUUUCUUAAGAAUUCAUUGGUCAUCUUAGUGUAUACAAUUUUUUUCUAGACUAGUUCUACUAUACGUUUUUGACAAUAAAAAUUUAAAAUUCU